AUGGCGCACCUGGCUUCAGACGGGACCAAGUCCUCAGAGGCCUUCGCCUCCAUUCCUCCGGACGACCCCCUUCUUCCCGUCCUCAAGGACUGGGUUCAUGCUGAUGACCGCAGCAGCCUCACUCGGGAGUUGGUGCCCCAGGCGCAAAAUGAUCACCUCCGCCCCCUUUACCGCUCCCUUCGAGCUGAUGAGCAAACCUUGGAACGGCCGUAUCGUGAGUUCACUCCCCUGGCGCGGCCCUAUAAACGGCUCGAAUUUUGGUGCGAGGUCUGGCAGGGUAACCUGGUGUCGCCAGCUCCGCUCCAAGGGGAAGUAUGGGAUGCCUUGUUUGACUUAGCCCGGGAGCAGGUCCGUUCCCUGCCCAAGCAUUCUGCUAGCUCUGUCGCUAAGAUAUGCGCCGCCAGGAAUCCCAAAAAAGGAGGCCCGGACGGCUGGGAUUUCAAUGAUCUUCGAGACCUGCCUCGGGACGCGUAUGCAGUCCUAGCCAACGUCUUCAACAAAAUGGAGGAGGACCUUGCCAUUCCCCUCCAAGUUUCCCAGGUCCAGAUUGUUCUUCUGGCCAAGAGUGCCUUGAAGGAAAGACCUAUCGGUCUUACAUCGGUCCUGUGGCGGCUUUGGUGUAAGACUCGGCGGUUCUUGGUCAGCCAGUGGCUGGAUACAUCCCGGAUCAUCCUUUUGACUCGGCGAUUCCAGGCCGAACCUCGUUGGACGUUGCCCUGGCCAGGCUUGCGGUUGUCUUUCCCAGCCUUGGCCCUGUGCCUCUCCCUUCGCCUCUACCAAGGAGGUCGCACGGUGGUGGGGGAAUCCCAGCCCAGUCCCACCAUCUUCCCAGGCCGGGGCAUGAUCCAGGGAUGCCCGUACGCUCCCACCUUGGCCAAGCUCACCAUGUCCGAACCCUUACAUAGACUGAAACGAGUCACAGGCUUGCACCAUUGCGACGUAUGGUUGGACGAUGUCUCCGCAGACUCCCUCCAUGCCUCGCCGGAUAUAGCCGCGGGAGCGGCUUAUGAAGCCUUUCGAGUGCUCAAGGCCAGUCUUCAGGCGGAAGGUCUCGUCCUCAGCCAAGAGAAAACAAAAUUUGUGGCCGGAACACCCCGCUCGGCCGCGGCGCUGCGACAGCUGCUGCGGCCAGGGGACCCUGACAUAGUCGACGUGGUCAAGGAUGGCCUUGACAGUGGCAGUGGCCGCCGGCGCAGGACUACUACUGCCCAGAAACGCUUCCGGGUAGGUAGCCUUCGUAACCUGAAGUUGGGUAAGCUUCGUAUCCCGUCACGCCGCGUCCGGCUACGGUUGCACCGUUCUAGUGUGGUCACCUCAGGCAGGAGCCGAUACGGUUCAACGGAUACCAUCCUAGAUAUGACGGCCCACGAGGUUCAGGAUCCCUACCUUAUUGUGGUAACCCAGCACGUGGAAAGUCUUUUCAGGAUGAUGGCCAGAUGUAACCGCAUGGGAUGGGAGGCAGUAAAGGACACUUGGCGAGUGGUCUGGAAGCGGCUGGAGGCUGCGAAACACGGUUGGUCCGUGGUCACUGGACCCAUCUCAGCCAUGUGUCAAUACCUCCGCGACCUCCAGGUCGACGGCCACGAUCCUUCCCGCUGGGUUUUUGAGGAGCGUGUUCUGGAAAUCAAGCCUUCUGAGGUUUCGGUUGCCUGCCAAACCUCGUCUUUCCUCACGGACAUCAUCAAGACCCAGAGGUCUCGUCGCAUGGGAUCGGCCUCGUCGGCAGCGGGUGCUGGUGGCGGGGUCGACUGGACGGUCCCGCGUCGCCUGCUCAAGUCAGUGCGCACCAAAACAACCCGGUACGCCUAUCGGGCUGUUUUCCAAGGGUCCAUUCUCCAUAACGGCAAUGGUGGCAAGGAUGUCUGUAAGUUUUGUGGCGAUUCCGGAGCCACCUUGCGCCACCUCAUGUAUGAGUGCCCUUCCUUCCCUGGUGGCAUGCGGUUACCGGGGUACGUUCUGGCGGAGAAGCGCCGUUUCCCUGAUGACUGCCUGUGGCUUCGGGGUAUGCUUCCCCUUAAAUACCUCCCAGUCGCUCCCUCGGGGGACCUAGAGGUGGUCAAGACAGGCGUGUUUCUCACGUCCUCCCAGGUAGUAGCAGACGGGUUGGUGGUUGCUACGGACGCGUCAGGGGGCAUGUUCACCAAGGAUCCGCGAUUGCGAAGGGUGAGCUGGUCUGUAGUCGUGGGGCGGGUUCAAGAUGGUCAGUUUCAGGCCAACCAGUGCGCUGACGAGUUGGCAGGCAAACGAGCUGCCACCAUAUCGCCUGUAGCAGGGCGGAAAGUCCAGGACCUGGAUAGGCUCGUAACCAGGAUCUGCGAUUACCUGGCGUGGGGCCUGGCAAAACAAAGGAAGCGGUUUCCCUUCCUGGGGCAAGUGCACGCGAAGCCGGGCUUGCAAAGGGGUCGUGGCCCCUUUUGGCGCGAGCAGCGCCAACGAAUGGCAGAGGGGAAGUCGUGGCGCUCUACGGCGACCCUCCAGCAUUCCAAGCGACGACCCCCGCCCCACAUCCGCAGGCAACAGCGCAUAGACCAGGGCCUUCCUGUGGGUGAUGACCAGCAGGAAGGGGCACCCCUCCCUGAGGAGGCGGCUCCUGGGGGUUCCAGCUCUUCGGCCCAGCCGGCGGCGAAGGCAUGGCCGCCCCCCCGCCCCCUCCGGCUCCUCGGCGUGACCGUCGGCGCUCUCCUUCCCCUCGUUUGGUCUUGCGCUCAGUGGACAGAAGCCCUACCCCUCCCACCCCUCCGCGAAGGAGGACCUCAGGUAGCAGGGUCCGGUGUGGAUUUGCGUUCGGUUCCGCGUGAUUCAACCCGUUCCCCUCCACCUGGGAGGCGGUCAGAGGAGGCUAGGUCCAGCCGUGACCUUCCCAACCAGCAUGCACGGCCUCGUUCCCCCUCAGAGUCCAGGGCCCGGCCCCCUGCACACCCGGCCCCUGAGGCUGAGGAGUCCCCCUGGGGCCGGCGGCAACGCAUGCGUAGAGAAGCUCAGGACUUUAGUCCGGGUGUGCACGCGGCUGGUGAAGCAGCUAGCUACAUCAAGCGGCCCACCUCGCCUCGGCACUUCCUCCCUCCAGAGCUCACACUUACGUGGGACCCGAUUCGGCAGGUUGUGGUGGAAGCCCGAGUUCUCACGCGCCUGGGCUGGGGACAAAGCCGUGUAGGCUACCAGCUGUCUCAGGCGUUGGUCUUGAAGCUCACGGAUGAUGCAUCCUUAAACGGUCCGGAGAUCGAUGUGGCGCGGCGUUUUCCCCGGCUCAUGGCUCCCAUCCUCACCAGUGGCUCCAUGUGGAUUGGACUAGGACUUGCAGGUGAGCCAGGUGCGGGCCUGCAUCGUUUCCUGUACCACGUGCAAGAGCAUCGCUGCCAGGCCCGUGAGUGGCUCCAGGAAAAUGCUGCCAAUGGUCUCCGUGUUCACUCCUACCUUCUGGCCACGUUGGCCACCUUGUUGCACUUGUAUGCCUGUGGGGUUGAUGCCAAGGAUGUUGGCAUUUCAAACCUGUGCCACAGGCCGCUGGGCACGAGGAUGGUUCCCCUUCCGGCCUUCAUCGAUGCCAACAACUGGGGCCCCUCCCAAGGGAGGAGGCUGUGGAAACAAGGGGGCAUCCUUUCCCAGCCUUUGGGCUGCGGUCGCAACUUCUUCCUGAUGAGGGCUCCGGGCGAAUUCGUUUGCAUGAAGGACACCCACUGGGCAGGCCUAUCCACGUGUGGUGUCGUGAGGCCUACGCGCCGGCGGCAGAGAGUAGUCCUUUUCGCAGACCUUGUGACUGCUCCUGCCGCUGGUCCCUUUACUGUGUGGGUCCAUUUGGUUCGUUUUGGCCCUUUCCCAGGGAGCAGUCAGCAGGCUGUGGAAUCAGUGCAUGACAGUCGCUUGUGCUCCUGUGCGGGUGCUGUUAUGCCAUGGAUUCCCAGCCUCGGGGUUGGCCGACCAGCCCGAGGGACUAUGUCUCGCCCCUUAGGGGCUCCGGGUGAAUUCAUUUGCAUGGACGCCCACUGGGCUGUGGUUUGCACAUCAGAAGUGGCCUUCUCAGGGCCUAGCUGGCAGUUUGAGGUAUCGGCCGAAAUCUGGCAAGCACUCCUCACAGGGGCAGUGGGUUCCCUUCCCUUGCUUGCGGCAGCCUGGGAAGGUGAGGUAGAGGACCCCCUUUGGCUGUUUGGGCGUGAGGUUGGCCGACCAGCCCGAGAGACUAUGUCUCGCCCCUUAGGGGCUCCGGGUGAAUUCAUUUGCAUGAUGGACGCCCACUGGGUCAAGCCCGGUAGGACCCACUGCUUUUGUGGGAGGAGGUGGCCACAAGGGCCGUCCUCUCCCGAUCCCAAGUCCCCACCUCGCCGGCCCUCGCAGCCGCCAGCCGCUGCUCAACCCAAGACGCCGCCUGGCCCCAACAAGGCCAAGAAGGAGGAAGACCGAAAGCUCAAGCGUGCAGUAGGGACAGUUUGGGACCAGAUCCCGCCGGAAGCGCAGGCUAAGCUGCAGAAAGCGGGAUGGAAAGGGCCCACGGCGAAGCCGAAGGAAGCUGAAGACCCCAUGGACCCACUCUUGCUGCUCCUGAAGCACCACAAAGCCCAGCUGCCGGAUGAGGUCCAGACCGCCCUGGAGGAAGCCACGCAGGCCCCUGAGCCCACGAUGGCUGAGAAGGCCCAGCAGUCCAACCGUCAGAUUCACCUCCAAGGGACCAUAGACGAGACGAAGGAAUCCCUUCGCAUGCAGCUCCUUGAGAUGCAAGAGACCACGUCCAAGAUUGAGCAGGCUGAGCAAGCCGUUGUCGCUGCCAAGGAGGCUUUGGCCCAGGCUGUGGCUGCCACGCCUAUCCCGACUGAGACGACGGCCGACCCGAUGGACAUUGAUUCCAUCAUGUCCCAGUUGGGUGUUACUCUCACGGAGGAGCAGGUUGCUAAGCUGAGCGAGAUCAAAGCAACCAAGAGACCGUGGAAAGCCCACCUGGGCUGCCGGGUGUUUCACCUAGGCCUUCAGCCCACCUCGCAGGCCUCUGAUACUGCCGAUGGUCCCAAGGCCAAGCCACCUGCCGGCAAUGUACCUGCUGAGACAGGCGACAGACAGCGCAGCCGUUCCCCUGUGGGCGGCGAGUCGGGAAUACGCCUCCCAGCCGUUGCAGUGAGUGGAUGUGGUUUCCCCACUCCAGGGCCGGCUAGAGAUGGAGGCCCUUGCCCUCAGUGCGCCAAGACCUGCGCCCAAUUGUACUUGUGCGUACAGUACUGCGUCCAGUGUGACGAACUGUCGUUGCUGGACCCGAAGCUGCGUUGGGAGCCAGCUGCGGCGCACCCUUUGAAGCCCUCACGAGCCCGUUACCAAGGGGCCAAACCGUCGGCAGACAGCCUGGUUUCUGGCUCUAGGUACUUCACCUCUGCCUUUUGCGAAACAUCCAAUCUGCCCGCCUCUAGUCAGGCCUCGGUCCUGGACUUUGCUGAAUCUGUGGAGGCACAGGGUGAGGAUUCCCUCCCCUACAGGCUGGGGUGGGACUCGCUCGACAGCGUCAGCGGGUCGUCAUGGCUUGACGUGCCCUUGAUCCGGGCGUUCGCGCGGGACGUUGCAGCGCUCUGUGAACUUCACCUUAACGAACCGGCCCUUAAGCUGCUCCGCAUCGAUGCCCACAAGCUCGGCUUUCACCUCUUCUUGCCUGACCCGGGACGAAAGGUCGCGGGUUAUAUUGAUGAAGAGGGAUGUGGCUUUGUUGGAGUUGAGUUUCGAUUCGUUGAUUGGACCCUUCUAGGCGUCAGCAUCUACUUCAAGAGUGGGAUCGGCAUCACUGCUGACCCUAACCCCAUCUUGGGGUACCUAUUUCCCCAUCUUCGCCCCUUCAACAACUGGCUCAUCCUGGGUGACUGGAACUUUCCAGCUGAGGACUUAGCUUCCACAACCCUAUGCAGCCAAAUUGGGGGCGCCAUUGUUUCCUCGGGCCAACCCACCAUUGACACGGGAAAUGAGCUCGACUACGCGGUCGCAUCCAGGAGCUUGUGCUCCUUGCUUACACCCAGCCUCGACUGGGCGGUUCCGUUCCGGCCUCAUGCUGCUGUGCGGUUUGUCUUGGAUGUCCCAGCAGGCGCCCUGCCCUUUCCCCAAUUGCAGGGCUUCACCGGUCAGAUACUGACUGAAGCUUUGGAUGUGGAGGCGCGCCCGGUCACGCUGGGACACAUUGGCAGCACGCCUCUGCAUGAUGAUAGCGCGACUCUCGAGUUCGCUGCUUUCACCCAACAGAUGGCGGAUUGCCACUACGGGGCGGCCGGCGGCAGGGGCACUAACAACCCCACGGUGUACCGACCGCUCUUGCAGCCACCCAAAAAAUGCCCAUGGUUCGGAGCCGAGGCCGCUUGGUGGCAGGGCCUCCUCCAGGCGUGGGAGCACAAACCACCCCGCUUUCCCAAGAUCAUCCACCUCCUGAAUCAGGCCCCGCUCGCUGCGAUCGAACGUGUGGCAAGGGAGUUUAAUGACUGCGGGAUUGAGGCUUCCUCUCCUUACCUCACCUUGGUGGAGUGGACUGAGACGGCGCUCACCCCAGGCCGGCUCCACACCCUCCAACGUUUGUGCAUGGGCGCAAUCAGUGAAUCCAAGGAGGAAGAAUCCAAGUCCUACAUGCAAUGGCUCACCAAUGGGUCUCAGAAAGGCAUGCGGCCACUGUUUCGCGCCCUCAAAAAACCUGAAACAGUGCUCUCCCGGCCCUUUGGUGACUCCCCAGCGGAAACUCGACCGUUCCUCCGCCUUAAACAAUGGGCGUCCCUCUGGCAAGCCAAAGGGUCGCCCCUGGCACCCCCGGCAGGCCUUAAGCAUAGGGCAACGCACCAAGCUCAGGGGCGUCGCUCCCUGACCGGGCGGGAUUUCAAGAAAGUCAUCAAGGCCCUCCCUAACAGGGCUCCGGGUUUGGACGGAUGGACGGUCGAUCUCCUGAAGUCCCUCUCCCGAAGUGAACUCGACCGAUUGGCCGACGUCUGGAGAGCCAUUGAGCUAACAGGGGACCUGCCCCACCAGGUCACCUUCACGGCUUUCACGAUGCUGCCCAAGUCGCAGACCAUCGAGCGGCCCAUUGGCUUAAUGAGUACUUUCCUCAAGUUGGGCAUCAAAUGCCGCUGGCACCUCAUCUCUGACUGGCUUCAUAGGUAUGAAGAUGAGCUAUGGUGGACUCCGCCCUCCCAGGCAGCCAAGUUUGAUGGCACACACCGAUGCUCGGUGUUCAUUGACCUGAGCACUUUCUACGAAGGGGUCCAGCACGAGCGGCUCUGCGCCGCCGCAGAGGAAGCCAACUUUCCUCAAUUACUCCUUCACUUGGCUAUGUCAGUCACCUCUCCGGUUGCGUACGCCCAACGCGGGAUCAUAGCCGGGUGUCCCCUGGCUCCCACCCUAUCCAAGCUUGCCAUUGGAGGUCCUGUUAAAAGAGCGUGUCGGGGGCCCCACGUUGAUUACGUGGGUACGUGGGUUGACGAUAUUAGUGUCGACUCCAAGCACAGGACUGCAGGGGGAGUGGCCACUGCUAUCGUCAACACCUACCGUCGCCUCCGCACGGAGUUGGAAAAGGAAGGGCAUGUUGUCUCUGUUGGUAAAACGUAUUUCCUCGCCAGCAGUAAAGAGGCCGAUAAGGCACUUCGAGCUAAGCUCAGCCCUCAGGAUCCUCCCGUGCAGCAAGUAGGCAAGGACUUAGGCAUGGAGACAGCUGCUGGUCGCAAAAGAACGACCAAACAGUCAGCUACUCGCAGAAAGAAAGCGAGCGUUCGCCUGCUCAAACUUCGCUCCCUUAACGUUAAGGCGCCCAAAGUCACCAGUCGGCUCUUCAGCAUGGGAGUUUUCGCAUCUGGGCUCUGGGGUCACCAGUCCCAAUGGUUCGCCCCGAAGGUCUUUAAGUCCAUCCGCCUCCAAGCAGCUCAAAUUGUGGGGCGUGUCACCACCGGCAGUGUCGAAGUGGCACUUGAGUUGGGGGGACACCUGGUCAAAGACCCCCGAAAUAGCAUCAUUUCUCAGCACUUCAAAGCUCUUGCGAAGGUCUUCGGGAAUCUUCCAGACCACCGGCUUCUCCUUCAAACUUGGGAGCAGCUCAGCAUUCAACUGGAACGAGCGGACAGGUGGAAACUCGUCUGCGGGCCGGUCGGAGCCAUGAUCUGUUACCUCAAAGAGCUUCGCGUCGAGGCCCCCUCUCCGUCAUGCUGGGUUUUCCCCGCAAAUGCUGGCCCCGCUUGCCUAGCGGGAGUCCCCUUCAAAGAAGGCCUCGUCGCCCUCAACCCCCUUGACCCCUCCCACUUGCAUACCAUCAACGCCCUUCUUUGGCAGAUGUGUACCAAACUGCGCCAUGAAGCCAUUGCCCAACAAAGCGGGUGUGCGAGCCUCCGAGACGGUUUUGACACAACUGUGCUGCGGGAAGUUGACAAGGCAACCCCCAGACACAAGAAAGGUGCCAUCAGAAUGGUAUGGCAAGGGGCUUUCCAGUGUAGGAAGCUGAAAGAUGGCAGCACUUGCCCCCUGUGUGCUGUUCCCCUCACCACCGAGCAUGUCGUAUACGACUGUAAAUGGUGGUCCGGGAGAGCCCCGCCGCCCCACCAACACUGGAAGAAAAAGAAGGAGUCCUUUCCUUUCCCGUGCCUCUGGCUCAGAGGGCUCAUGCCGGCUACGGUGACCUCCCUAGUCGGCUACACCAGCGGCCCUGCCAGUGAGAGGGCUUGGGGCGUGGGCUCUUCUCACAUGUGGCCUGACGCAACAGGCGGACCCCAUGGGUCUGACCCGCGGGGUCGGAUUGUGGCGUGGGCCAUCACCAUUCAUGAAUGGCGUCAGGGGGCCCUGGUGUGUGUCGGUGGGGUUACCGGCAUCCUGCCCCCUGGCUCCACUGUGGCUCAAGGCGAAGCCUACGCCAUCGCCCGCGUUUGUCACCACCUAACGGAAGUGGCGGAUGUCACCACUGAUUGCCAGGCGGCCGCCAGGCAGCAGUUCGCCACACCCAAAAGCUGGCCGUGGGUGCAGGCGCGCGGUCGGGAGCACCUAGCCAAGAUCACCUGGAUCAGGUCCCACACGCAAAUGGAGGCGUUCCUCGCCGAGUUCGGGCCUGGUCAGGCGUGGAGACGCGACAUUAACGAGUCAGCAGACGCGGCCUGUAAAACAGCUGCGCGGGAGGCCCUGGCCUCCAUCCCACCCUGGGAUCAACGUCUUCCUUAA